AUGGGUGACCUCCCCACGACCUUUGAUAAGCCCGUCCAUAUUGCCGUCAUUGGCGGCACUGGUCUUGGCCAGCUCGAGGGCUUCGAGCCCAUCGCCGCCCUCAACCCCAUCACACCGUGGGGUGCUCCCGCGUCGCCCAUCCAAAUCCUCUCCCACAAGGGCGUCAACGUAGCCUUCCUCGCCCGCCACGGCAUCCACCACCAGUUUGCCCCCCACGAAGUCCCCAACCGAGCCAAUAUCGCUGCCCUUCGGCAUAUCGGUGUCCGAUGCGUCAUCGCCUUCUCCGCCGUCGGUUCGCUGCAAGAGGAGAUCAAGCCCAUGGACUUCGUCGUUCCGGACCAGGUCAUCGACCGUACGAAGGGUGUCCGCCCCUUCACCUUCUUCGAGGGCGGUGUCGUUGGACACGUCGGCUUCGCCGAUCCCUUUGAUGCGGGCCUUGCCAAGGUGGUCAAGACGUGCGCUGAGCAUAUGGAGGGAGACGGCGUUGUCUUGCACGAGAAGGGCACGGUCAUCGUCAUGGAGGGACCCCAAUUCUCAACCCGCGCCGAGUCGCACAUGUAUCGAUCGUGGGGUGGAUCGGUUAUCAACAUGUCAACCCUUCCCGAGGCGAAGCUCGCCCGCGAGGCUGAGAUGGCCUAUCAGGUGAUUGCCAUGGCCACUGACUAUGACUGCUGGCACUCCUUCGAGGAUGUCAACGUCGAGAUGGUUGGAAAGUACAUGAAGGCCAACAGCAAGAACGCCAAGCGCCUAGUGGGAGCCGUCCUGGACCGUCUUGCCGACCUUGACAACAGUGACUUGGUCCUGGCUAAGCACUGGCAGGGUGCGUCCCAGGGCGCCGUCAAGUUUAUGACCAAGCCCGAAGGUCGGGACCCCGAGGCGAUGAAGCGUGUCGAGUACCUCUUCCCUGGCUUCUGGGAGGAGUAA